AUGGAUAGCCUAAACAAGAUAAAUUUAACGCAAAAAGUGAAUGCAGAGUUAAAUAAAAAUUUGGGAGUUGAGGAUGACACACUUGCAGAAUUUAUAAUAUAUUUAUGUGAAAAAUCCAAGUCGUUAGAACAAUUUUAUAAAGAUGUUUUUGAAAGUGGUGGGGAAAUUGAACAGUCUGUUCUCAAAUAUCUAUAUGGUAUUAUUAAGCAGUCAUCUCAAACAAAUACUGAUGGUACUAUAAAUGAUGAGGGGGAAAAAAAAAAAAAGAAAAACAAAAAAGGUGAUAUUGACAAUGACAGUACUGAAUCGUUUGAUGAAUCAAAGAGAGAAAUCAAUGAAAUAGAAAGGAAAAAUGAAAAAAUGAAAAAAUAUCACUGCUUAACUAUAAAAAAUGAUGAUAAUAUUGUCAGUGCAUUUGAACAUAAUGUAGACAAAGAGAAUAAGGGGGAGACAACCGAUCCUCAUCAGAGAGGCAUGCCCCGACGGGGAUCUUCAAGGGAUAGAUGUGAAGUGAGCCACAGAGAAAGGGAUAAGGACAAGAGCGGUCAGGAUAGGCAUAGGGACAAAGAUAGGGAAAGAGAUAGGAACAGAGAUAGGGAAAGAGAUAGGGACAAAGAUAGGGAAAGAGAUAGGGACAAAGAUAGGGAAAGAGAUAGGGACAAAGAUAGGGACAGAAACAGCGGGAGGCGAAACGACACAAAGCGGAAAAAUGAAUUGGGGCGCUCCCCCUAUCAGGUGAACAAGAAAAUAAAACACAGCAAAGAUAAAAGGAGUUAUAAAGGGGAGCACUACGAUGAUAAGGAUAGUGGUAAUGGUAGUGAUAAUAAUCGGGAUAGUGAUACAUAUGACUAUAAUAACAGCUAUGAUUACGACGGACUAAGGGUUAAUAAUAUCUUCAGAGGGAGUGUUAGUAAGGUGAUGGACUUCGGUCUUUUUGUUUCGUUUAAAACUAAGGAUGGGUAUAAAGAAGGGCUGGUACACGCUACGGAUAUAUUACCUAAUUGUAAGAGACUAGUUAAUAUAAACGAACAUUAUAAAAGAAAUAUGAAAGUAAAAGUAAAAGUGAAGGGAAUAUUUGGAAAUAAAAUUAGUUUAAAUAUGUCUGAAGUGGAUCAAAAAACAGGGAAAAAUUUAGUGAAUGAUGAUGAAGAUAUAGGAAAAAAAAGAAAAUCAAAUGAAAGAAAUACCAAUUAUUAUGCCUCUCUUUUUGAUGAUAUGGAUGAGGAGUACAAUGAUUUAUUAAAAAAAAAUAAUUCAAAGAUAUUUAGUGAAGAUCCAAAAGAAACUAUAAAAUAUGAGAGUGUAAUAAAAAUGCAAAGUGACUAUUCAAAAUGGGAAAUACAACAAUUGAUGAAAAGCGGUAUUAUAUAUGAUGAUAAUUUAAAAAAGGAAUAUAAAAAUUUAAAAAUAGAUGAAAAAAUUGAAGAUGAAGAAGAAAUUAUUGAAAUAGAAGUUAAUGAGAGAGAACCAGCUUUCUUAAAAGGACAAACAACAAAAGCAGGAGCAAAAUUAUCGCCAAUACAAAUUAUUGUUAAUGCAGAAGGAUCUUUAGCAAGAGCAAUAACUACUACGUCAGCAUUAGCUAAAGAAAGAAAAGAACAAAAACAAAAUGAACAAAAUGCUAUUUUUGACAGUAUUCCCAAAGAUAUUAGUAGACCAUGGGAAGAUCCAAAACCAAAUUUAGGUGAAAGAACAAUUGCUGAAGCUUUAAAAAAUAUUGGAAAAAGUUAUGAGUUACCUGAAUGGAGAAAAAAUUACAUGAACAAUAAUAUUUCAGUAGGUUUUAAAAAUGCUAUACCUAUUAAUGAACAAAGAGCAAAAUUGCCAAUAUAUAAUUUAAAAGAAGAUUUAAUGUUAGCUAUUAAAAAAAAUAAUGUACUUAUAGUAAUAGGAGAGACAGGUAGUGGAAAAACUACACAAAUCCCGCAGUAUUUACACGAAGCAAAUUACACACUUAAUGGUAUUGUUGGAUGCACACAACCAAGAAGAGUUGCUGCUAUGUCUAUUGCUAAAAGAGUCAGUGAAGAAUUUGGCUGUAUCUUAGGUCAGGAAGUUGGGUACUCUAUUCGGUUCGAUGAUUGUACAUCCAAUGAUACCAUCAUUAAGUAUUUAACUGAUGGUAUGCUCCUGCGGGAAACUUUAAGCGACACGAUGCUCUCCAAGUAUUCCUUCAUCAUUCUGGAUGAGGCACAUGAACGAACCAUUUCAACGGACAUUCUUUUCUGCCUCCUAAAGGAUGUUGUAAGGAAGAGGUCCGAUUUUAAAUUGAUAGUAACGUCAGCUACCCUCGAUGCAGAGAAAUUUUCCACGUAUUUUUUUAAUUCACCUAUUUUUACAAUUCCUGGAAAAAUAUUUCCUGUGGAGAUUCUUCACUCGAAGGAGCCGGAAAGUGAUUACGUAGAGGCAAGUCUAAUAACAGUAUUGAAUAUCCAUUUGAAUGAACAUCCAGGGGAUAUUUUAGUAUUCUUAACAGGUCAGGAGGAAAUUAAUACGGCUUGCGAAAUACUCCAUGAGCGUAUGAAAAAAUUGGAAAGUAUGUGUCCUCCGCCUUUGAUAAUUUUACCGAUAUAUUCAUCUCUGCCAUCAGAUAUGCAGAGUAUCAUAUUUGAGCCUGCCCCCCCUGGUUGUAGGAAAUGUAUCUUAUCAACAAAUAUAGCGGAAGCGAGUUUAACAAUUGAUGGUAUAUUUUUUGUAAUUGAUCCAGGAUUUUGUAAAGUAAAAAAAUAUGAUUCCAAACGUGAUAUGGAUUCAUUAGUUGUUGCCCCCAUAUCUAAAGCAAAUGCUAAACAGAGAGCAGGACGUGCAGGUAGAACAGGACCAGGGAAAUGUUAUCGGUUGUAUACAGAAGAAGCAUAUAAAAAUGAAAUGGCAGAGACAAGUGUACCCGAGAUACAAAGAAUUAAUCUAGGUAGUAUUGUUUUAUUAUUAAAAGCCUUAGGAGUAAAUGAUUUUUUACAUUUUGAUUUUAUGGAUUCACCAUCAAUUGAAACGUUAAUUCAUUCUUUAGAGAAUUUAUAUUAUUUAGGUGCAUUAGAUGAUAAUGGAUAUUUAACAAAACUAGGAAAGAAAAUGGCUAAUUUUCCAAUGGAACCGAAUUUAUCAAAAAUAUUAUUAACAUCAAUUAAGUUCAAUUGUGCUGAUGAUGUAGUUACUAUUGUUAGUAUGUUAAGUGUUCAAAAUAUUUUUUAUAGACCAAUGAAUAAAGCAUUAUUAGCAGAUAAAAAGAAAAAUAAAUUUGUUAUGCCUCAAGGAGAUCUAAUUACUUAUUUAAAUAUAUAUAAUAAAUGGAAGGAAAACAGUUUUUCGAAUUACUGGUGCCAUGAAAAUUUUAUCCAUUCUAGAGCUUUAAAAAGAGCACAAGAUGUAAGAAAACAAUUACUCUCUAUAUUUGAAAAAUAUAAUUACGAAGUGAAAAAAAGUGCUAGUAAGAAUGAUUCAAGCAAAUAUGUAAAUAUAUGUAAAAGUAUUUGCUCUGGUUAUUUCAAUCAUGUUUGUAAAAGAGAUAGUCAACAAGGUUAUACAACUCUGUUAACCAAUCAGCAAGUCUUUAUUCAUCCGUCAUCAACUCUUUUUAAUAAAAAUCCUUUAUUCGUUGUUUAUCACGAAUUAGUAUUAACAAACAAGGAGUACAUAAGAGACUGCACAAUUAUACAACCACACUGGUUAAUACAAUUAGCCCCAAAUUUAUUUAUUCCAGCAGAUGAAAAGAAAAUAUCAAAAAUUAAAUUAAGAGAAAAGAUUGAACCUUUGCAUAAUUACUACGAAGAACCGAACGCAUGGAGGUUGUCCAGAAGAAAGGGAUGA